ACGCAUCACUCAUACAGAUAGACAAAGAAACGAAGACGAAACCAAACUCCAGCUCCGCUUUCCAGAAUGGCGGCCACCACCGCAACAGCCGCCGCCCGAGCUUUCUCCCUCUCUCAUCUCUCCGAUUUCUCACCACCGCCGCCGCCUUCUUCAUCACACGCCUCCCUCCCUUUCUCCCGCCGUUACUCUUCGUCAACGAUUACCUGCUGUUUGAGCAGCAGCAGCAGUAGCGGCGGCGGCGGCGGAAUAUCCGACGACUUCUUCGUACUGUCAACCGGUAGUAGAAAGUUAACCUAUGACAGACAUGGAUUUUCCGUUAUCGCAAAUAUGCUCAAGAGAAUUGAACCGUUAGAUACUUCCGUUAUCUCUAAAGGCGUUUCUGACUCCGCUAAAGACUCUAUGAAACAGACAAUCUCUACUAUGUUAGGUCUUCUUCCGUCUGAUCGAUUCGCCGUCACUGUUUCCGUUUCGAAACGUCCGCUUCACCAUCUCCUCUUCUCCGCUAUCAUCACAGGGUAUACGCUAUGGAAUGCGGAGUAUAGAAUAUCGUUGAUGAGGAAUUUUAGUAUUUGUAUGGACGAUAAAUCCAAGGAAUUGAAUUGUAUGGGAGAUGAUGAGGAUGAGGAGAAAUUUAGUAGUGAAUUGAGUGAAGAUAAGGGGAUUGGAAUUGAGGAUUUGCAGAUUAGUCCUCAGAUUUUCGGGGAUUUGUCGCCCGAGGCUUUGAAUUAUAUCAGGAAUUUGCAAUUGGAGUUGUCUAAUGCAGAACUGGAAUUGGAUUCUCGAAAGAAGGAAACCGCGGGAAUAGAAUGCAAUAAAGGAAGUCGGAAUGAAUUAUUAGAUUAUUUGCGCUCAUUGGAUUCGGAAAUGGUGUCAGAAUUAUCUCGCCCAUCAUCUGUGGAGGUAGAUGAUAUAAUUCAUCAGCUUGUUCAAAACUUAUUACUAAGAUUGUUUAAAGAUAAUCCAACCUCCAUCUUCAUGGGGGAUACAGCUAUACCCACCCCAGAAAAUCACAAACACAAUGGCGAUCCAUUUUGUGACAGUUUCGGCACGUCUCGUGAUUACCUUGCAAAGUUACUUUUCUGGUGUAUGUUGCUUGGGCAUCAUUUACGAAGCUUGGAGAACAGAUUGCAUCUCAGCUGUGUUGUUGGAUUGUUGUAAAAAAAAAAGAAGAGACUUGUAAAUUCUUUUCUUUUUGUUUAUUUAUGUAGCUAUUAUUUUUCAAUUAUAAAUUUUGAUAUUUUUCA